CCGCUUCACUUCCAGCCGGGGUUUGUGGUGACGUAUAAAUGGGAAAGUACAGCGCUGCUGCAUCGACCUGAAAACAACAGGACUCUGACACAGAGACUCACUUUCUGCCGACGACGGCUCAUGACGCUCUCAUAGAAACCCCAACUCGCGUUUCAACCAUGGAGAAACCUCCGUUCAGGCAGAACCAGAACUGCGGAGACUGGGAGCUGAAAGAGAGGCUGGGAAUGGGCGGCUUUGCCCAUGUUUACCUCUACCAGCAUCAGGAAACAAAUGAAAAACUAGCUGUGAAAAUGUGCCGUCUGGAGCUCACACCAAGGAACAAGGACAGAUGGAGCAGAGAAAUCCAGAUCAUGAAGAAGUUGAAUCACAUCAAUGUUGUGACGGCUCAAGACGUCCCAGAGGAAAUAGAGUACAUCGCCUUAAAUGAUCUUCCACUGCUGGCCAUGGAGUACUGCUCCAGAGGAGACCUGAGGAAGAUGCUGGGCAAACCUGAAAACUGUUGCGGUCUGAAGGAGAGCGAGGUGCUUUCGUUACUCAACGAUGUUGGAUCAGGUAUCCAGUAUCUGCACGAAAACAAGAUCAUACACAGAGACCUCAAACCUGAAAACAUAGUGCUGCAAGACAUCAACGGAAAGCUGGUUCACAAAAUCAUCGACCUGGGCUACGCUAAAGACCUGGACCAGGGCAGUUUGUGCACCUCCUUCGUCGGCACGCUUCAGUACCUGGCACCCGAGCUGUUUGAGAACAAGCCGUACACUGUCACUGUGGACUACUGGAGCUUUGGAACGAUGAUAUUUGAAUGCAGUUGUGGUUUCCGUCCGUUCCUGGACAACCUGCAGCCCGUGCAGUGGGCCAGUGAAGUGAAGAAUAAAGGUCCAAAAGACAUCAUGGCCACAGAGGAGCUGAACGGAGAAGUCAGGUUCUCCACACAUCUCCCCUACCCCAACAAUCUCAGCAGGACGCUGCUGGAGCCGAUGGAGGAGCUGCUUCAGCUGAUGUUAAAAUGGGAUCCUGUCCAGAGAGGAGGCAGAAUAAACUCCGAGACCAGGAAACCCCAGUGCUUUGAAAAGCUGGAGCAGAUCCUGAGCAUGAAGGUCGUCCACAUCCUGAACAUGACCACGGCUCAGGUCCACUCCUUCCAGCUGACUCCAGACGAGAGUCUCCACAGUCUGCAGAGGCGCAUCGAGGCCGAGACCAAGAUCGAGGUGGUGAACCAGGAGCUGCUGCAGGAGACGGGAGUGUCGCUGGACCCCAGGAAGCCUGCAGCACAGUGUGUCCUGGAUGGAGUGAGAGGAUGGGACAGCUACAUCGUCUACCUGUUUGACAAAAGCAUCACCACGUACUCCGGUCCCUUCAGCGCCAGGCGGCUGUCUGAGAAAGUCAACACCAUCGUGCAAGACGCCAAGACGCAGCUGCCUCUGGUGGUGUUGAAGAAAGUCUGGGGGGAAGCUGUGAGUUACAUCUGUGGCCUGAAAGAUGAUUACAGCAGACUUUUCCAAGGACAGAGAGCUGCCAUGUUGAGUCUCCUGCGCUACAACACCAACCUGACCAGGUGUAAAAACUGCAUGUUCGGCUUCUCCCAGCAGCUCAAGGCCAAGCUGGACUUCUUCAAGAGCAGCAUCCAGUACGACCUGGAAAAGUACAGCGACCAGAUGCACUACGGCAUUUCCUCCGAAAAGAUGCUGAAGGCCUGGCAGGAGAACGAGGAGAGAGCAGCAGCUUUCGCACAGGUGGCAGAGGUGAGCCAUUUGGACGAUGAGAUCAUGGCGCUGCACUCUGAGAUAGUGGAGCUCCAGAGGAGUCCUUACGCCCGACGCCAAGGAGAGAAGAUGGAGCAGCUAGAAGAAAAAGCCAUCGAGCUCUACAGACAGCUGAAGAUGAAAUGCAAAGUUCCUGACUCGGAUGUGAGCAGCGACAGCUCAGAGAUGGUGAAGGCCAUCAUCCAGACUGUCCAGAACCAAGACAAGGUCCUCAAAGAUCUGUUCACACACCUCAGUAAGAUCCUUAUCAGCAAACAGAAGAUCAUCGACUUGUUUCCACGAAUCGAGAAAACUCUGGAGAGCAUCAAGGACGCCGACAACACAGUGAUGCAGAUGCAGAUAAAGAGACAGAGGGAGUUCUGGCAUUUGCUCAAGAUCGCCUGUGCUCAGAACUCGUCAAGAAACUCGAUGGCAGCCAGUCCGGAGUCGUCCAACCUGCUGCAGGUUUCCCAGUGGUCGCAGUCAGCUCAGCCAGUCAGCUCCCCACAUCCGCUAACAUCCCUACCCGGGCCAAAUGACAGUGAUGCUGCCCCCCGGCUGCUGCAGGAGAACCAGAAGUACCUCAGUCAGCUGACCAGCCUGAUGCAGGAGGCUGCAGACGACCAGGCCAACAGCAUAGUGGACCAAGACUGGAGCUGGACAAAAUACGAAACUUUAACGACAAAAUUAAAAAAGCGGAACGCGUAAACCUCGUCACGUCCUCCAUCCCCGCCUGUUCUCCGAGUAACACUAAGGACUGUAAGCUGUUCACGCAGCGGAGUGGCUUCAAACGUUGUACAGUUGUACAUGGACUCGGGACAUUGCCUUUUCAAAAAAAAAAAAAAAAAACAGCUUUCCUGAUCAUCUGUAAAAACAAAAGACGGAGUUCACACAUGCCCAGUGGUGUCGGUCUACUCCCAAUGUUGACGAAUGACCUUGUUUUUAUAUGACAAAACAACAAAGCUGUGUCUCUCUACUCGUUUUCUUUAUGCUGCACAAUAUUCAUCAUAGACAAAUAAAAUGAGGAUUUCACUGUCGUUGCAAAAUUGUAGCACCAGAUUUGAGGGUUUUUGAGGCGGAUCGAUCACAUCGGACAGAAACACACGAGCUAGUUUGACUCUGUGACAUGCAGGAAGCACAGGAAGUGGUCGGGGGGAAGGUGGUGGGUUCCAGGAGGAAAUUACAAUCAAGCAAACAGCACUUUGAUACUCCCAAAUGUCCUCUCUGUGAAGAGUAGCGGAAACGUUCCAGGCUGCCAAAACUGUCGCAGAAUUUACAGAAACCGUUCCUGUCGCUCAUAAUCACUUUGAUAUAUUUUACUAUCAACAUGUGGGGGUUUAAAUUCUAUCUAGGUAUGUCUGGGUUUUUUGGAAAAUAAUGUUAUAUAUCAUAGGCAGAAGUGUUUUUGUCUUGUUUUAAGUGACAGACGUGGCUGGCCAUUAUGUUUAUAAGAUGUCUGUACUGUACCUGUGUCUUUUUAAUUGUCAUGGAGAUGCAGUAGGUUUCGUUGUCUCAUUCAUGUGCACGUAGUCCUUCAGUGGGUGGUUUGUUCGUGUCAUGUAGAGUUGAAACGAUUAGCCUGUAGUCAAAUUUAGCAAAAAAAAAAAAAAAAAAAAAGGUUAAAUUGGAGAAAAUCGGCAAAAGAAAAUUCAAAAUAGCGUGGCUUUCCAUUCAUAAUUGCAUGAAAAUGAACAGGUGAUGGAGCUAAAUCUUCAUUCAGUCCUAGAUGAAGAGGUGAUAAAAAUUACAUCUAUGCUAAAACAUUUCCACUUUUAUCUGGUUAAUUCUAUGUUUCCAGCUCGUGUCCACGCUACUCCAGACUUUUAGGACCCCAAAUAUGGAGACUUUCUGCUGUCUCUAGUCUAGUUUGAAAACUUUGAAGUUGCAUUUUUGUAUGGACAGGCGACGGAGUAAACAGAAUUUUUCUGAAAGGAUGACGCAGACGCUUCUCUCAUGUGACUGUUUUCCAGGAAAAACAAACAAACUGGUGGUUAAUUCAACAAAAAAUGUCAAACUAGAGACUUUGCCGACUUUGUUGUCUCCGCUAGAGGCUGUUGUGCCAUUAAGGUAAUGUCUAGUGUUACCUUUCACCUCUACUGCUCUUCCUUAGUUAAUUUGCACAGAGGAUAUUUCUGAAACUGAGCUAAAAUGCUGGUCUGGUUGGAGAUCAUUUCUGUUUAGAAGCGCAUUUUAAAGUGAAAACAUCAGUGUGGAUGUAACCGGAGUUUCAUUAUUAUGUUCACGUGCGUCAUGCAAUUUCUUCUUGGCAAUUUGGGUUUUGCAUUUUGUUUUCUUUGAUAAAACAAUUUUUUCCACGAUAUUUAACAUUUAUCCUUGUAUUCCUGCUCAGAAAAAAAAAAAUAUGGAAGACACUGAAAAAGCAGAGUAAACAUGCUUAAGUUUUAAUGUCAGAAUAUUUUCUCUUUCUGUCCUCAUCAUUGUGAGAAUUUGCUCCUUUUCUUUUUUGAUCUAUUCAGGUUGAUAGUUUAAUCCAGACUGUGUAUAAGACAUGGACGUAACCUCUGGGUCUGAAGAGUGAAGCCUUAAAUCUGCAUUCUUUCUAACAACCAACAGGGGGCGACUCCUGGUUGCAAAAAGAAGCCAGAUUGUAUAGAAGUCUAUGUGGAAAUCAUCCUACUUCUCCCUUGAUUUAUUAUCCCUGUGAACAUUAACCUGAUGAGUUUAUGGUCUCAAUCUGCAGUUUCAAAUCUCUGUCAAGACAGAAUGACCAUGAUUUUGUAAAUUGUGGUCCAAUUUAGAGGAAAAUGGAUGAUAAACAGGACAUGUUUAAUGGGGUGGCUCUCCUUGUGAUUGAAAUCAGGGUUUGUAGAACCCUACAGUUUUCUGUCAGAGCCACCCUUCACUUGUCACAUACUGUUUAAAUAGAUCAAGAUAGCUAAAUUCUGAUUGGUUGUCCACAAACCAAAUGAUGACAUCACCAUGGCAACAUCCGUCUUUAAUAUACGGUCUGUGGUGGUUUUAUUUUACCAGCUAUCAACCACGUGAAGUGGGAGAGCAGCAAGUCCUCGCAUUUUAGAAACAGGAAGAUGAGAACAUUUGGCUUUUUCACUUUAUUAUAAAAAUAUAGUUCUGUCCAACAGCUGCUUAGUCAUUGGGGCAAUCGUUUCAACUCUUCCUUGCCACCAUCCAUCCCAAAGCAACAUUACACAUCUAAGUGUGACAGUCUGGCUUCUUCAACCGCUGACCCACAGCAACAUGAAUCUCAAUGAUUGGCUCUUACAGCAGAGACGCUUACAGGAAAUAUAGUAUGAUAAACUGUUGAAUGCACUGCUGGUGUUAAAUCCACGGCCGGUUACUUGGUUCCUUUGGGCAGAGAGACGCAAACCUUCUUAGUUGUAUUUAUGAAGUGAAAGUGCAAUGGCAGAAAAUAUUUUUUUGUAUUUAAGUCAAUCGAUCGGUCAGUUUUCUUCGCAUUCGAGUAUUGUUUCCAUCUGAUGGUUUGAAUUUGUCUCUGAAUGUUUAAGUUUUAGAAAUUUCAUUGUAUGAAGAUCAAAUGUUUACCUGGUAAUAAAAUAAAUGACUUUGACACGA